AUGGCCUCCGCUUCACCACUCUCUCCAACCUUCUAUGGCCAUAUUGCCUCCACACAGGAUGCUCUUCUCCUCUUCGAAGCAUGUCUCAGCGGAGCUCUCAAUCACGUCGCCCGGCGCCCCCAUGACCGAGAGCGGGUGAGCUUGAUCAAGAGCGGAAAUGUCUUCAUCUACGAAGAGCACUCUUCUGGAAUCAAGCGCUGGACGGACGGUGUGCCGUGGAGCCCAAGUCGGAUACUGGGCAAUUUCCUCGUCUACCGGGAGCUCGAGCGUCCUUUUCCCCCAGGAGAGAAGAAAAGAGCGAUGAAGCGCAGCAAAAGAUCUCCAGGAAUCAGUAAACCGGAUUCCUUUGGGCCUCCAGGAAAUGGGAUCAGCAAUGGCUACAAUCCAGUCCCUGCAGCUGCGUCCUCCUUCGAAACAUCAAGCACAAACUCCCUGAGCAAAGAAACCGAGCGGUCACUAAUCGGGUCACUCGUGGAUUCGUAUGGAUUCAAAGAAGAAGGCCUUGUCAAGAAGACCGUCAGCGUUACCGUGGGCGGUGUCUCUCAUCAUCUCGUUUCCUACUAUACAGUUGCAGAUGUCAUGAACAACAAAUUCACCACUCCCUCGAAAGACCCGAGAUUCCAACAUAUCACUCCACGACCGGACCUGAUCACCAAGCAGAAUUUCCGGACCCCGAUUGAUGAAGUGGAUUCA